GUCGCCUCAGGACACAGAAGGUUCGAUUAUACCAGCGGCCGCCUAAGGACACAGCUAGUUACCGUAGGUGAGCCAGAAGAACCUCUCCACUUGCCAUGUAAUUCAACCCACUAUGAACCCUUCAAAAAUCUCAACACGAUGGGAAGGUCGUUCGUUCCACCACAAAAUCAGUAUUCCCUUUUCCUACACUCCUCUUAACUACCCGCGAGGGUCCUCCCUACAUCGCCAUUCCACCCGCAAAACCAUCGCAUUCACCAUGCGACAUCGACGACACCCGCACACCCCCUCCCAAGUUCGAACCUCCAGCCCUUCAACAUCCCUCGUCCACAUCUCCAGCGCCCUGCCUUACUCCGAAAGACAGAACUCCGAUUCACGACCUCGAGCACGUGGUGGCAUCCACCUCGUAAACUCCCUCAAUCCCCCCCCCGAGGGUGCCUCAGCACGCCACACACACACACGCGCGCGCAGCGAGGUUACGGCUCCAGCCCAAUUUGCAGGUUCUAGCAGCUUUCCUAUAGCUGUAAGGCUGUGAGGUCCGAUUCACGACAUCACGAACGUGACAUGCACUUCUAAAAAAAAAAAAAGAUGCGUCUUCAUGGGGUGCCCCAAUAUACGACACACUUGCGCAGCGAGGUCGAAGUUAUAGUUAGCUCGAUAUUGAAGGAGCUACACGUAUACAGCGUCUAGGAAUACAAGCGGUCAAAUUCAGGACCUCAACAACGCUAACUACGUUCAUGGCUUAGAAAGAAUCCAACUACCUUGGGCCGCCUUGAUACCCCGGCGUGCGCUUGGCAACCAACGUAGAACUGGUACGGACAAGGGGAAUCUGACUGUCUAAUUAAAACAGAGCGCCGCUCAAUUACACAGUCUAAUCCAUGAAUUUAGUUUUCUUUAG